GGAAGCAGUUCAUUGGCCUGUGACACGUAGCAACAGGGCUACUGCAGGGUCUGGAACUGAGUUUGGGAGUUACUAGGGGCCGCCGGAGCUGCAGCCGCCGCCGCCGCCGCCGCCGCCGGAGCGCUUGAUCAUUGGCAAUGUCAGGCUUUGAUAACUUAAACAGCGGUUUCUACCAGACAAGUUACAGCAUCGACGAGCAAUCUCAGCCGUCCUAUGACUAUGGAGGAAGUGGAGGACCCUACAGCAAGCAGUAUCCUGGCUAUGACUACUCGCAGCAAGGCCGAUUUGUCCCUCCAGACAUGAUGCAGCCACAGCAGACAUACACCGGACAGAUUUACCAGCCAACGCAGGCCUAUCCUCCUGCAACUACACCUCAGCCUAUCUAUGGAGACAGCUUUGAGGAAGAGCCACCUUUGUUAGAAGAGUUGGGUAUCAAUUUUGACCACAUCUGGCAAAAAACACUGACGGUGCUACACCCUCUGAGGGCAGCUGAUGGUAGUAUCAUGAACGAGACCGACUUGGCAGGGCCAGUGGUGUUCUGUCUUGCCUUUGGGGCCACGCUGUUACUGGCUGGCAAAAUCCAGUUUGGCUAUGUGUAUGGGAUCAGUGCAAUUGGAUGUUUAGGAAUGUUUUGUUUGUUAAAUUUAAUGAGUAUGACGGGUGUCUCAUUUGGUUGCGUGGCAAGUGUACUGGGGUACUGUCUUCUCCCUAUGAUCCUGCUGUCCAGCUUUGCAGUGGUAUUUUCCUUACAAGGAAUGGUAGGAAUUCUUCUCACUGCCACGAUUAUUGGAUGGUGUAGUUUUUCUGCUUCCAAAAUCUUUAUUUCUGCAUUAGCCAUGGAUGGACAGCAGCUAUUAGUGGCGUAUCCUUGCGCUUUGUUGUAUGGAGUCUUUGCCCUGAUUUCUGUCUUUUGAACUGAUUUUGUCUGGGAUAUGGAUAUCAGUGGGCCGAAUUCACAAAAAGGACCUUAGACUCUUAAAAUUGGACCAGCAAACUACUACAGUGCAGCUCAAUUCACUUCCCAGUCGCCUGGAAGCAACAGAAGUACAGCCUUUGUUCAUUGGUGUGGGACUGUUGAACGUGCUGUGGAGUCACCGAGUCGGCCAGCGCUGUGUCUGCUGACACACCCAAGAAGAGUGAUUGCUUUCCUGACAACAGCUCUCCCUUACAAACUAUAGUAGAAUGUUUUUUCAUAGAUUUUUACCUACUGGGAAACCAAACACAAAGCUCAUAAUCUUUCUCAGAAACAACCAGUUAUAGUAAAGGAGAAAUGUCUUACUGCAAAAAUAUUUUUUGAAAAAAUUAGGAAAGAAAAUACUAGCUGUAUCUUCAAGUUAAGCGCACUGAAAUAAAGCUGAACAAAAUUGAUUGCAGAGCUUUUUGAGUUUGCACUUCAAAUAUUUGACAUUCCUAUAAAUUGUCUUAUGAAAUUUGUGCUGAAAUUCAGAUGGAAGCAGUUCACAAUCUACCUUAUUGUAGAGUUGAGAUGUGAAAAACUAUUUAGACAUUAGUGUCAACUAAAUCUGGACUGGUCACAUGAAUGUGUAGUUCUAUCUCCACAUGUCCCAGGAAAAAGAAAUCACUAACUUUUUUGAGGAAAAAAAUAUUUAAAAUUUCACAAUUUCAGUAUUGCAGUUAUCAAUGUAUAGUGCAUUUGAUGCUUAUUAAAUUUUUCCCAAUUAA